CCUUUAAAAUAUACAAAGGGUUUGUUCAAUAAAGAAUUCGUUCGUUUUCUCUUUCUUUCUCUCUCUCUCUCGUUCAUACACACACAAAGCAGGAGUGAAUGAUGUGUCUUUGAGGCCAGGUGUCGUUUAACAGUUCUCAUACUCUUGGCAUCGUUGUUGCUCUGACACGUCACUUGGUUCUGUUGUCACAGCAUGCUGGCCUUGUGCCUGUCCCUGGUGUGCCUGCUCAUACUGCCCCACCUACCAUACCAUCCGUUUCAAGUGGCCCCCGCUGUGCUGCGCGCGCAUCAUACAGACACCGGAAACUGGUGCAGGCAGUACAUCGUGUCGCUCCUGCAUCCUGGGACAAAGAAUGAGGACAGUUCCACUCCCAAGCCUAAUGUUGAGGUUACUGACAGCAGCAUGGGAGACCUCCGUCACAGAUUUUUAUCUCACGACUCCAUCCUUCAUGAAGAAACAGCAACUGACUUUAUGGGCAAGACCGAGCUAGGAUGGGAACAGUGGAAUCAACAAAGCUUCUGCCAUUGUUCAGAGCCACUGCGCUGCACGCCACAUCAUCACGUGGCCUUUGUCAAAGUGCACAAGGCUGCCAGCUCCACUGUAGCCAACAUCCUCCAGCGGUUUGGCUACAAGCGGGGACUCAACUUCGCCUUACCCGACAAGCGCCUGCACUCGCGCGCUGCCAACUACUUGUCCAAACCAGGAGAUAUUCUCACUCGACACUCCGUGCUGCCGGUGCCAAAAGGUGCUCAUUACGACAUUCUGUGGAACCACGCCGUGUACAACCUUUCGGCCUUCCGGGAUAUCAUGCCGCCGGACACGGCUUACAUCACCAUCGUGCGUGAGCCCUUCCAGCAGUUUGUGUCCGCCUUUUUGUACUACCACCCAGAGGCACUACCUCCAAUACAGGCCAACAGGUCGACCAUAAAUGAGACGAACCCAGUCUCCGACUUUCUGUACAACGGGGCGAAACACAAUUUGAUGAGUUACUACCGCAACAAACAGGCUGAGGACCUAGGAAUGACGCUGCAUCACGUGACGAACGCCAUCCUGCGCCACCAGUAUAUCAAGCAGCUGGAAGCCGAUUUCCACCUCGUCAUGAUCACCGAGUUCUUCGACGAGUCACUGGUGCUGCUGCGGCGCCUGCUGCGCUGGGACGUGCUAGACAUCCUGUACAUCCCUAUGAACACCAACGUCAAGAGCAGACCGUUCCGCUUUUCCGACGCCGAUCGCGCGCGGCAUCGUCUGCUGGCCCCUGUCGACUACGACCUGUACGAGUUCUUCCGGAACAGACUUGUCAAUAUCGUGAAGAAUCAAUCAGACGAUUUCCGGAUGGAGGUUCAGCAAUUCAAAAACAUCGUCUUGCAGGUCCAGUCAUUUUGUCAGAGUAGUGCGUCAAGAAUAUCGCUUCCACCGAUGAACGUUUCUUCCUGCUCCAACACGAGUAUCAAGGUGACCCGCAUGGAUUGCCAUCUAAUGACUAUGCUAGAGCUGGAUUUCCUUGAAGUCCUCUGGAGAAGAGCAGUCAGUUUGCUUCCUCAGAAGGAACAACUAAAACGAUUGGCAACUGCCUACAGUCGGCGCCAACAUCGCAGUCGUUUCGGCCACUCGUCAGGGCGCAAGCACUAGUUCUUUAUGUAGCGUUCCGCUAAAAAGUUUGCUAUCUGAAACACCUCCAAAUGUUAGACGUUAGCUGGUGAUGACGGCUAAACGUCAGCUGGUGACGACAAGACCACUUAUGCGUCAGCUGAUGACGACAAGACUGGCUGUAUGUCAGCUGAUGACGAAAAGACUCUUCGGACGUCAGCUGGUGACGACAAGACUGGCUGCACGUCAAAUGGUGA